CUCAAAUCACAAUCUUGCAUGAAACCAUCCACGUGCCUUGUUCUUAGUUCUUACCAUCACCUCCCCCUCUCCUCCUCUCUUCUCUUCUCUUCUCUUCUCAAACCCAAAAAUACACCAAAGCUUUCGAAAAACCUAAAGCCCAACACCCUCCAAUUCCUUCACACAAAGCCUCACUCUUUCUGUUUCUUCAUUCCUUUUUUCCCGAGAAAAAUUUCAGACCCACCUCCAAAAUCUUGUAGGUGAAUCAAAGAUUUGAUCUUUAGAGACAAACACCAAGUGACGAGGCCCUGAAUCGAGGGGGACGCUUGUCACUGUGAGCUUGAUCACCGACUCAGAGUUGUUUCUAUAUCUCUCUCUCUCUCUCUCUCUCUCUCUGUUUUCACGACGCCAUUUAAAUCUGGUACUCUCUGUUUCUCUCUCUCUAUUGCAAUUUUGAUAUUUCUGUGUUUAGUUUAGCCUUGUUUUUGGUAUAAGGAUGUGAAAUUUAGGACUAGUUUGGUGGAAUAUGACUUGGGUUUGUAGUAAUACUGGGAUUGUGAAGCAAAGGUGUGAGCUUUAUUGUGUUUGAUCCUCUGUUUCAGUGUUUAGGAUUGAAAAAAUUUACAGGUGCCUUGAUUCAAAUUGAGUUUAUUCAUUUCUAGAUAUGGCGUUUGAUCAAAAUUCGGUUCCCCAAGAUUUGAGGCCUUUAAAUGUAGCUCGGAGUGUGGCUGAGGAGCCCCGCAUUGCGUUGGCUACUACAGCUGGGUUUCUCCCCAACCUUGCUCAAGGUAAUAGUCCUAUGUAUUACCCUGGGCCGGGUUCAGAGGCGGGGUAUGUUAGUUUAGGGUAUGGGAAUCCGGUGACGGGUGUGGCCACAUGGGGCCCUAGGAUGCCUGAGCCGGUGGGGCAUCCGGGUGUGAGCCCUGCAAUUGGUGUGGGAAUCGGUUACAGUCCUAAUUUGGGGAGUAGGUUUAUUGGGAGUGCGGUUGAUCUUGUAAGCUCUCCUGCAGCAGCUGGAGCUGGGCCUUAUGUGUGCAGUUCGAAUGUGGGGAGUAUGGUUGUUGGUAAUGGUUUGGAUCAGGGUGUUUGUGAUUUGUCAGCUCGGUUUGGUUAUAGUACCAAUUUAGGCAGUAAGAGCAAUUUUGGUGAUCGGUCGGGUAGUGAUUUGACAUCUGGGUUUACUUAUAGUCCUAAUAUGGGAAAUCGGAGUGAUCAAGCCAGUGAUGAUGGUGGAGAUGAUUCUGUGUCAGGGAAGAAAAUAAAGCUGCUGUGCAGUUUCGGUGGCAAGAUUUUGCCCAGACCAAGUGAUGGGAUGUUGAGAUAUGUUGGAGGACAGACAAGGAUUAUUAGUGUUCGGAGAGAUGUGAACUUCAACGAGCUAGUGCAGAAAAUGGUGGAUUCAUACGGGCAAUCUGUGGUUAUUAAAUAUCAGCUCCCCGACGAGGAUCUUGAUGCACUGGUGUCAGUUUCAUGUGCUGAUGAUCUUGACAAUAUGAAGGAUGAGUAUGAGAAGUUAGUGGAGAGAUCUCCAGAUGGGUCAGCAAAACUGAGGGUGUUUCUAUUUUCUGCUUCAGAACUUGAUACAUCUGGUUCUGUACAGUUUGGGGAUUUACAUGAUAGUGGGCAGAGAUAUGUUGAUGCUGUGAAUGGGAUUACGGAUGGGGUUGGUAGUGGUAUGAUGAGGAGAGAGAGUAUAACAAGUGCAACUUCAACACAGAAUUCUGAUAUUAGUGGAACUGAUGCUGUUGAUAGCUCAGCUCCUUGCCAGGGGGAUGUAGCUGGAACUACAGGCCGGUUAUCGCCUAAAGGGGACAAGUUAUCCCCUAAAGGAGGUUCGACCAACUCUCAGGACACUGGUACAAGAUUGGUUCUUCCAGAUCCUAACCCUGCAGUUUAUGAAGUUUCUACAGUUCCAUCAGGCAUUAAUGUGGUUAAGACUGGCCCUCCCCAAACAUCAUCUUCUCUGCCUGAGGUAGAGUUAGAAAGGACUGUGCCUGUUACAGUAUCACAGCAACAACUGGGGUUGCAGCAACCUGGAAUUGACAUUCAGUCCACUUCUCCUUAUCUGCAAGCUUAUGUUAAUCCUCGCCAGCUUCUUCCCCAGAUGGGAUUCCCAAAUCCUCACCUGUUUGGGACUGCUGGUCCUGGCUAUACCCAACAGCAAUUCCUUGAUAGUGGUGCUGGCAUGACCUCGCAUCACUUCAUUCCUGCAGUGCAUAUGACUAUGAGUCCUUCGUCUUCUCAUGUUAGUAUGAGACCAAAUGUGCUUCAGCCAUUGAUGCAACCCCAACAGACUCGAUUAGAUCAUCAUUAUGUGGAUGAAACUGCCUUUGGCCCCAGGGUUGUCCAGCUUCCAGCUGAACAAAGCUAUAAUACAUAUCAGGUGCAGGUCCCCUCACCAGCAGUAGGAAGUGCUUAUGGCUGGCAUCAGUUUCCACUGCCGGAACAUAUGAUUUUCCAUGAAGGUUUGGUCUCCCACCAACAGGUAAUGUAUCCUGAGAAAUCCAACAGGUUGGAAGACUGCUUUAUGUGUCAGAAGGCUUUGCCUCAUGCACAUUCUGACCCGGUCCCAGUACAGGGUCAACGAGACGGUGGUGCAAGCCCUGUAUCUGAUUCAGAUUCAAAUUACCACAGUCUCCUUAUGGAGGAAAACUGGAGAUCUCAGCCAACAAACAGGGUUGUGGUAAGUGGAGCAUUGGGGGAAGGUAAUGUUGGGCAGGGAGUUGAGAUUAGACCCGGGGUCCAAGGCCAAGUAGAUCCUCUUGUUGGAACACCGCAUUCAGAUGCAACUGGGAUAGUGCAGAAUUCUGAGGGAAAAUAUGAGGAGGAGAGAAAUAAUCUUCAACAAGUUGAUCAUCCAAUGAUUUCAGCACCCCAGGGUGUCAUGAGGAGGGCUGCCCCAACCCAGUAUCAGGUUAAACAGGAAGAUUUGGUUAACACUCCCGUUAAUCAAGAGGUACCACUUACUGGAGGCCUGCCUGUUCAAACUCCGGAAUGCCUGGUUCGUGAGUCUCCGCAAGCAUAUUCCAACAAAUUUCCGAAAGAAGAAAAUGCUUCUCAGAUGAUGGAAACCUUCAGGAUAAGCCCAUCUGAGGUUUAUGUUAAUAAUGAGCAUGGUAAGUCACCUGUUGAAACGCCUAGAAGGGAAGACAGCUAUGAUCAGAAACCACCACAAGUUGCAGGAAGGGAAUUACCUUCAGAUAAUAUCUUUGACAGGAAUCAAUUUAUUCCAACUGAAGUACUGGCUUCUUACACUACUGGAGUCUCACAAAUGCAUAGUACAGAGCCAGUAGAAUUCGUUGAGGCACCACAACCAUAUAUGUGGGGAAAUCCUGAAUCUUAUCAACAAUCAAGAAUUGGAGUCCCUGUGGAUUCUCAUGCAUUUCAUUAUGGCAACCCUGUUGUUUCCACCCCUCUACCUAAUAGAACUCAACCUCCUGCUGAAUGGACAAAUGAGAACUUGAGAUUCCAGCCCAACAUGGUACCUACUGAUGUUGAAGUUGUUACUUCAAAUGCUAACAUCCCAUCUUCUUUCUCUACACCUAUGAGAACGGUUGAUGUCCAGGACUCUUCAAACUCACUAUUCAGCGAUCAAGAUCCUUGGAAUUUGCACCAUGAUACUCAUCUUCCACCUCCUAUACCUACCAAAAUACAAUUGAAAAAGGAACCCUGUACAAAUAGAGAUCCCUUUGGUGGCAAUGGUGCAGAACUAAAUACAGAAAUGCGAUUGGAGGAUGUAGGUCAACAGCCACCGGGCAAUUUGAACAAGGAUUUUAGUCCAGAUCAUGCCCAGUCUUCCAAAGGAUCAGCGGAGGAACUGAUCAAGCAAGGUAAAGCUGUUGCUGAGGGUGUAGCUGCCUCAGUUUUGCAGUCAUCUCCGCCGUCAAAUCCUGAUUUUCAUGACAAAAAUGAGUCUGCAUAUGAUUCCAACCAAGAUGAAGGUCAAAUCAGCACUUCAAGCAUGCAGCGCACCGUUGAGGACGUCAAGACCCAAUAUCCAGAUAAGCCAAAUCUGGGGUUUCCAGUAUCAGAUGGCAUUGGCCGGCUGCAGAUUAUUAAGAAUAGUGACCUUGAAGAGCUCAGAGAAUUGGGUUCUGGAACCUUUGGUACCGUCUACCAUGGAAAGUGGAGGGGCACUGAUGUUGCAAUCAAACGAAUCAAUGAUAGGUGUUUUGCUGGGAAGCCUUCAGAACAGGAGCGGAUGAGAAAAGAUUUCUGGAAUGAGGCCAUCAACCUCGCUGACUUGCACCACCCAAAUGUGGUAGCUUUUUAUGGCGUUGUACUUGAUGGUCCGGGAGGUUCUGUGGCAACCGUAACAGAGUUUAUGGUUAAUGGUUCUCUUAGAAAUGCCUUGCAGAAGAAUGAGAAGAGUCUGGACAAGCGCAAACGUCUAUUGAUUGCAAUGGAUGUGGCAUUUGGAAUGGAGUACCUGCAUGGAAAGAAUAUAGUGCACUUUGAUUUGAAAAGUGACAACUUACUUGUCAAUCUUCGAGAUCCACACCGCCCAAUUUGCAAGGUUGGUGAUUUGGGCCUAUCAAAGGUGAAAUGUCAGACCCUGAUCUCCGGUGGUGUGCGAGGGACACUUCCAUGGAUGGCACCAGAACUUUUGAAUGGUAGCAGUAGCCUUGUCUCUGAGAAGGUUGAUGUGUUUUCUUUUGGUAUCGUACUGUGGGAGCUCCUCACUGGAGAAGAACCAUAUGGGGACUUACACUAUGGUGCUAUCAUAGGCGGUAUUGUGAGUAAUACAUUGCGGCCACCAAUCCCUGAGUCUUGUGAUCCAGAGUGGAAAUUACUGAUGGAGAGAUGCUGGUCAUCAGAGCCAUUUGAGAGACUGAACUUCACUGAGAUUGCAAACCAAUUACGUGCUAUGGCCGCAAAGAUUCCUCCUAAAGUACAAGGCCAAACACAGCAGCAACCACCCUCAACGCAGCCUUAGGUUCAAAAGUGAUAUGCAUGCAAGUAAUUGCCAGAUCAUCCCACCUUGUUCCAGGCCAUUGGAAGAUGCCUAGUGUGUCUUUGUAUUAAUGUGAUAGGAAAGGUUGUUUCAUUGUUUUACAGAAGUUUUUAGAUCUUAUAAAGUUGUCAACUUUGUUAGGUUUGACGUUUACCUUUGAAUCAAGUGUUUGCUAUCAUGUUUCAACAUAAAUAUACAAGAAUAUGAAGGUUGGAUGGAUUGUUUGCA